AUGACGCAGCAAUGGCUUGCCAAGGCUGUGCGCCAUAGUGUGCGUUGUAAUGUUGCUGCACGUGUAGCCCUCUCUCGUCUUAACGUCUCUAGUAACGUGGCGUCACGUUGGACGCGUGCCUUGUCGUCUACACCACAUCCAAGUGAGACUUUUAUGACGGGCACGAAUAAUGCCUAUGUAGAGGCGAUGUAUUCUAGCUGGAAGAGUGACCCCAAGAGUGUCCACACAUCAUGGGACGUAUACUUUCGUCAGAUUGAGAGUGGGAGCGUACCUGGUGAAGCCUUUAUUCCGCCACCUACUAUCCAGCAAGGAGUGACACCCGUCCGUUCUGUCGGUGGUACUGAAGCGUUGUCGUCUAGCGAGUUGAAUGAAGCUCUGGGAUUGAGUUAUCUGAUCCGAGCAUACCAAGUGCGUGGCCAUGAGGCCGCCAAUCUGGACCCACUGGAAUUACAUGAACGUCCGGAUCUACCCGAACUGGAUAUCCGGAUGUACGGGUUUAAGGAAAAGGACUUGGACCGCGUGAUUGUUAUUCCCAAGAACUUUUCGUCGGGUGUCUCAGGCUUCUUGGAAGAGCUGGCUGGUGGCAAUAACAGUAUGACGCUGGGCGAAAUCAUUCAUCGCCUCAAGGAAACAUAUUGCAGCUCAAUUGGAGUGCAAUACAUGCACAUAUUGGAUCGUGAGCAGUGCAACUGGAUCCGUACAAAAAUGGAGCAUUUGGUAAAGCACGAAGAGUCGAAGGAGAAAAAGUUACACAUUUUAGAGAGACUGGCUUUUUCCGUGGUGUUUGAGCGCUUCUUGGGCAACAAAUAUAACACGACCAAGCGUUUCGGUCUGGAUGGUGCAGAGAGUCUUAUCCCCGGUCUGAAGUUCAUGAUUGACCGCGGCACGGAGCUUGGCAUGGAGCAUUUGGUGAUCGGCAUGCCUCACCGUGGCCGACUUAAUGUGCUGUCGAAUGUGAUCCGUAAGCCGAUCCAGCAAAUUUUUAAGGAGUUUCAGGGGACGCACAUUGACGUCGAGUCUUACAAUGAUCGCGAUGUGGAAGACUGGUCAAACUCUGGUGAUGUCAAGUACCACCUUGGCACGUCGUAUGACCGCACGUACCCAGAUGGCCGUCAAGUGCACCUUUCGCUGGUGGCCAACCCGUCCCACCUAGAGGCUGUUGACCCUGUUGUGGUCGGCAAGGUUCGUGCGAAGCAGUUUUACCUUGGCAACGAUGCGGAUGCCGAGAAGAAGGUUAUGCCGCUGUUGCUGCACGGCGAUGCCGCCUUUAGCGGCCAGGGUGUUGUUUACGAAACGAUGCAUCUAUCCGGCCUUGACAACUACGACACGGGUGGUACCGUGCACGUGGUGGUAAACAACCAGAUUGGUUUUACGACCGACCCAAAGAACUCUCGUUCAUCGCAGUACUGCACAGACCUAGGCAAGGCCAUGGAUGUGCCUAUCUUGCACGUAAACAGUGACGAUCCGGUGUCAGUGGUGAAGGUGUUCGAGUUUGCGGCCGAGUGGCGCCAGAAAUGGCGGUCGGAUGCGAUCAUCAACCUGACGUGCUACCGUCGCUUCGGCCACAACGAAGUGGACAAUCCGUUCUUUACUCAGCCACUUAUGUACAAGAAGAUUGGUCAGAUGAAGUCGGUUCUUGACACGUUCGUUGACCAGCAGGUGGCUGCUGGCACUGCCACUAAGGAGGAGUGUGAUGCCAUUGUGUCCAAGGUAUGGAACUUUUUCCAGACAACGUUUGAUGAGACGGAGAAGUGGGAGGACACUAAGCAGAGCGACUGGCUUGCGAACCGUUGGGACUCAUUCAAGAGUCCCAACCAGCAAUCUCGUAUUCGGCCUACGGGUGUGCACAUGAGCGUACUGAAGCACGUUGGAGAGAAGAUCAGUACCGUUACCCCAGGUUUCAAGGUUAACCGCCAGUUGGACCGCAUCAUGGGAGCCAAGAAGAGUGCGAUCGAGUCGGGCGAAGGUAUCGAUUGGGGAACUGCUGAGGCUUUAGCCUGGGGUACGUUGCUGCUCGAGGGCAACCACGUCCGUAUCAGUGGACAGGAUGUAGAACGUGGAACGUUCAGCCAUCGCCACGCUGUGUUACACGACCAGGAGACCAACGAGGUGUUUGUGCCCUUGAAUCACUUGGCCACGAAGACGAUCCCUUCAGCUCCUCUGGAGUACAGGACUCCUGGUGGUGGCACCGUCCCGGACACGCAGGCCGAGUUCGUGGCAUCCAACAGUUCCCUGUCGGAAUUCGGUGUGCUGGGCUUUGAGCUCGGCUACUCGCUGGAGAACCCCAAUGCUUUGGUCAUGUGGGAAGCCCAGUUUGGUGACUUUGCUAACGGUGCCCAGAUCAUGAUCGAUCAGUUCCUGAGCGCUGGGGAGGAUAAAUGGAUGCGACAGUCGGGUCUUGUGAUGUUGCUGCCCCACGGUUAUGAGGGUCAAGGCGCCGAGCAUUCGUCGUGCCGCGUGGAGCGCUAUCUGCAAAGCACCGAUGAUGACCCGAACGUCGUGCCACUCAUGGAUGAAGAGAACCGCAUGCAGAUUCAGCACACGAACUGGCAGGUGGUGUACUGCUCUACACCCGCCCAGUACUUCCACGUAUUGCGUCGUCAGAUCCACCGUGAUUUCCGUAAACCGCUGAUCUCGGUGCAGCCAAAGCACUUGCUUCGUCUGCGUCAGGCUUCGUCGAAGAUGGAGGACAUGGCUGAGGGCACAAAAUUCCAGCGUUUGAUCCCCGAAGUGGCCCCAGAAAAGCUAGUCGAGGACGACAAGGUGAAGCGAGUGGUCUUCUGCUCGGGCAAGAUCUACUACGAGCUGGCCCAGGAACGUGACGAGAAAAACAUUAAGGACGUGGCGAUUGUGCGGGUGGAGCAGAUCGCCCCGUUCCCGUUCGACAAGGUAGCAGAACAGGCCGCUCGCUACCCGAACGCCGACAUUAAGUGGGUGCAGGAGGAGCCGUUGAACAUGGGCUUCUGGACGUACGUGUCGCCGCGCAUCGAGACGGCGCUGACGCAGUUAAACAGUGACUCUCGCAGGCCUGCAUUCAUUGGCCGUGCCCCUGCCGCGGCACCGGCUACGGGCUACAACGCUGUGCACCAGAUCGAGCAGGACCGCAUCAUCAAGAAGGCGUUAAAGGUGUAA